CUCACCUCCAGCAUCUGACGACGUCUUCAUGGUUUGAAGCCAACAAUGACGGCGGCUCUUGUUCGCCGUAGGGCUCUAACCUUUACACGAUGGAAUGCGAACCAUAACCGAUCCAUUGGCCAGCUGCCUCUACGGCGGUCACAGAGCACCUUUAACCACUUUGUGGCAAGCACCAAGCUCCAGCCAGUCUCACCGCCGCCACAGCUGCGGUCCGAUGCGAAGCCUUUCCGACUCGCCGUCAAGGACAACAUCACCACUGAGGAAUUCCCGACGCAAUGCGCCUCAGGCAUCCUAGGCCAACAUGCUUCGCCCUUUGAAGCGACGAUUGUUCGCCAGCUCCGUUCGCGGGGGGCGUCCAUCGUUGGCAAGACGAACAUGGAUGAGUUUGGCAUGGGGUCGCACUCUACCCACUCCGUUCAUGGGCCGGUCCGCAAUCCCUUGGCAGCUACCGACGAGGAGGAUGUCUCCGCGGGAGGCAGCUCUGGAGGCAGUGCGGUUGCGGUUGCGGUUGGCGAUGCAGACGUUGCGCUCGGCACCGAUACGGGUGGCUCAGUCAGGCUGCCGGCCGCUUAUACCGGGAUUGUUGGGUACAAGCCCAGCUAUGGCAUGCUCUCGAGGUUCGGCGUUGUGCCGUACGCAAACUCGUUGGACACUGUUGGCUUGCUUGCGCGAGAUGUCGAGCCCAUCCGGAGUCUGGUGUUUGAUACGGGGCUGUAUGAGGAACACGACCCCAACGAUCCCACUUCCUUGCGACUUGAGACCCGCCAGCGCUGUUCCCAGGCGUGUUCUCCAAAUCUCCCAGACUUGUCCCAGCUUACCAUUGGCAUCCCCGUCGAAUACAACAUUGCCGAGUUGGAUCCUUCCAUACGCGAUGCUUGGGUCGCGACGGCCUCGGCAUUGGAGUCGCAAGGCGCUCGCAUAGUCCCGGUAUCCCUUCCUUCAACCAAGGAAGCCCUCUGCGCAUACUACAUCCUCGCCCCGGCCGAGGCAUCCUCGAAUCUGGCCAAAUACGACGGAGUGCGAUACGGCAUUCGCGGCUCUGAAGGAGAUGCUGCUGGAGAGACCCUCUACUCUGAAACCCGCGGCGCUGGCUUUGGUGCAGAAGUCAAGCGCCGUAUUCUCCUGGGGACCUAUAGCCUCAGUUCCGAAGCCAUGGAUAACUAUUUCAUCCAGGCGCAGAGGAUACGCCGGCUCAUCCAGCGCGACUUUGACAGAGUCUUCAAGCUGGACAAUCCGCUCUACGAACCUAGGCAGUUUGACCUGAGCGAAAUGUCUUCCGAUACCGCGCUCGAAGAUAAGCAAGGGCCUGUGCAGGUGGAUUUCUUGCUGUCGCCGACUGCGCCGACGUACCCGCCCAAGCUGAGCGAGAUCCAGAAGCGCAGCAGUGUUGAUGUGUACAUGAAUGAUGUUCUUACUGUUCCGGCCAGUCUUGCUGGCCUACCUGCUGUUAGUGUUCCGGUCAAGGUCGACCGGAGCCACCAGUUCCCUGCUGGAAUUCAGUUGAUUGCCCAGUAUUGGGACGAUAGAAGGUUGUUGGCGUUGGCAGACAAGGUGAUGAAGCUGAUGAUGGACUGAGUGCAUCAUGAUUGAAUACAUGAAAGGACUUGAAUGGGAAGAGAUGGCUAUUAGAUUUGGCUUGUAUUAUAUGGAUGAUGAUUCCUUGUGAAUCUGCGGGAUUUGCCACACU